UCAAGAGAAGAAACGUCAAAGACGAAAAGCACAAACGAAACAAAAAAAAAGAAGCAGAGAGGCAGCAACAAUCAGAGAAAACGCACACGAAAACAUUAUCUCGAUUUUUGCUUGGAAGUUAUUUUACUUCCUACUGUUUUGUGAAAAUUUGUACUAAAAAGCUUGGGACAUUGGUGAAUAACGGUUUGUGGACAGCUGGCCGCGAGUGUAAACACAAAGUGCUGUCCUCUCGCUUGCACUCGCUCGCGCACUCGCUUGCUCAUCCAACGCAAUAAAUUCUUAUCAGACGGAUUCCCCAACCUUGGGUUAAUACUAUACAUAUAGGUUAAUAGCCCCUGCUAAUCUGAAAUCUAUACAAUAAGUACAACCACAAGCCACGGACAUGGCAGCGACGCCAGUGCCAGCAGCCACGCCGGCAGCGACGUCGACAGCGACAGCUGGUAAAACUCCUUCGAAUCCGUUGUCCAGCGUGGAGGAGACCCUCCUCCGGGGACUCAACAAGCUGCGCAACGAGGACAAGCUCACGGAUGUCACUCUGAUAGUUGAGGAGCACAAGUUUAAGGCUCACCGCGUUGUUCUGGCUGCCAGCAGCGACUACUUCUGCGCCAUGUUCGCCGACUGUGCCAUGAUCGAGUCGCGAAAGGAUGAGAUAAAUCUGUACGGGAUCACUGCCAGGGCCAUGGGCUCGAUCAUCGACUAUAUAUACACCUCGAUGCUGGAACUUAACUACGACAAUAUUGAGGAGAUCCUGGCGGCAGCCACACAUGUCCAAGUGCGCGAGGUGAUCGAGCGUUGCACCCUUUUCCUUGGCACCAAAAUCGAAAUGGAGAACUGCCUGGCCAUUGCCGGGAUGGCCGAUAUAUACGGAAUUAUUGACUUAUCCGAGCGGGCACACCGCUAUAUAUGUGCGCACUUUGAGGAGUUUGCGACCACGUCGGACUUCAAGGAAAUGAAAGUGGACCAGCUGCGCUUUAUCCUGUCCAGCAACUAUCCCAUCGAUGUGGCCGAAAAGGACCUAGUGCGUCUGGUGUGCAGCUAUGCUAUGGAACAGCAGCUGAAGGAGAGCGCCCUGGCUGAUCUGCUGGGACUGAUCAACUGGCCGCACAUUAGCUAUACGUCCCUGGACAAAAUGAGACGCAUGAACUGCUCGCUGGACGAGGGAAAACAACUGCAACUGCCCGCAACUUACUAUAAUCAAAUAAAACAGGAAUAUAUGGGGCGACUUCUCAACGGAGUGGUGCCCCUAGAGGAUCAAUCACUGCCGCAAGGACCAAAAAAUAUGAGGGGCAUGGAGAUGUGCCUGCUGAAGAUCGGUGGCUUCGAGUGGAAGGGACUGACCAAUGUGAUAAUGUGCUUCUCGCCAUCCAAAAUGAGUUGGUACGAGUUGACCGCCAUACCGCACAUCGAUCAGUCUAUUUUAUCCUCAUGCAUUUUAGGCAACUUCGGCACCGCCGUCCUCAAUAACAAGCUCUUCAUCGUGGGCGGUGCCUACGAUGUCUGCCUGAAGGAGUACAUCCAUCCCUUUGGCUUCUGCUAUUGCCCGCUGAGGAAUACCUGGAUGACCAUAGCACCCAUUCAGCUGGAUCGCUGCCGUUUUUCUUUGAAUGCUGUGGGCAAUAAGCAUCUGUAUGCCGUUGGUGGCAUUCUGGACGACGACAACAUUGAAGAUGCCCUGCGGAUGAUCUCGAAUGUGGAGCGCUACGACAUCGCCCAGAAUGUGUGGACGUAUAUGCCCAGUCUGCAGGAGAAUCGCAGUCAGCAUGCUGGCGUCGUGGUGGACGACAAGCUGUAUAUCUCUGGUGGCAUCCACUUGGCCAAUAUCCUGGCGAGCAUGUGGGUGUUCGACACGAAGACUGAACUCUGGAAGGAGCUGGCACCGAUGCCAACCCCCUGCUGUGACCACGUUUUGGUGGCCGUGGACAAUAAGAUCUAUGCUUGUGGCGGAUGGCAUGAGAGCCUGACGGAAUCGCGAGUUCUGGUGCAGCACAUCUAUGCCUACGAUAUCGAAAGUAAUUCGUGGAGCGUGGAAACGCAGAUACCCGCGCCAAAGUUCUACUCGGGCGUGACUGCUAUGGGCAGAACCAUAUUCUUUGUGGGCGGACUGGACUCCACGGAAUCAAUUGACCGCGCCAGCGCGGAGACAAUGGCCUACGAUCUGGAUAGCAAGGAAUGGUGGCGCGAAAAGGACUCUUGGGACUCGCCCAACGAUGUCUGGGAAUCGACGUGCGUGGCAAUCUAUGUGCCCAUGUGCGAUUACUAAUUGCUGAUGAAAAUCCCUCCACGUCUCCUCUAUCUCUACUCCCCAUCGAAUUUAGCGAUUCUCAUGAUAUUUUUAUAUAUAUAUAUAGAUAUAUAUACAUAGCUAGUGUAGACCUACAUGCGAGAUUUUGUGAUGACUGCACAGUGACGACAAUGUGCCAAGCACGGCAACGAAAAAUGUUUAGACCGUAAAUGCCUUCGUAUCGAUUUUGAAACUUUUUAUAGUUAAUGUUAAAUUAUUAAUAAUAUAUGUGAUUACUUUGUAUAGACCGCAUAUGCCUUCGAUUCGCUGUUGAAUGAUAGUGUUAAAGUAGAUCUAGUAGGACCGCUUGUACUUAAUUUGUAUAAACUAAACUAAGAAAGUUAGCUCAAAGCCCUAGAAUGUCCUUCUGCGUUGAAACGACUUAACUUAAUCACGCAUCUUUAUUUUUUUUUUUCAACUAUUAUAUCUUCAUCUUCAUUAAUUCCUUUGGAUUUACAUCAAGGAUACUGCUUAAUUUAUUGUUUCGAAAUGUCCUUUGUUAAAUCGGUGAGACACAGAAGGACCUCUCAGGCUUAAGAGUGUGUAAAGGAUGGAUUCUCUUGAAUUUAAGGUCAUUGGCAAUAAAUAAGAACAUCAAAAUGA